CACACGCAAUUUCCAGUGUACGGUGAUCCAAUUUAUCAUGUACCUGUGAUAACCCUCGAAAAGACCCCCAAAAACAGCCACCAGUGCGUUGAAAAGCCCUCGAGACCCCCGAAACAAAGUGACAGACAUGCGAAAACCGAUGUAAAACUUGAAAAUAGUGUAAUAAUCAGUGUCUCCACUGCGUGAUGACAAGCCCCGACGAGUUUCCCCGAGUUUCUACCCAACUUUACUGACUUUUUGGAACGAAUGACAAUUUCCAAAGUGUGAAAAACUCAUCAAAGAAACUCGUGAAAAAUAAUUCAAAAUGUCCGGCCAGAGUGGAGGGAGACUCAAAUUGGCUAAGUUGAAUGAACAAUUGACUUGCAAAUUGUGCCAGGGGUAUUUCAUCGAUGCUACCACAAUUAUUGAGUGUCUACACUCGUUCUGCAGAAGUUGCAUCGUCAAGUACUUGGAGACGAAUAAGUACUGUCCAAUAUGUGAAGUGCAAGUCCACAAGAGUAAACCCCUAUUGAAUAUUCGUCCUGAUCACACACUCCAGGAUAUCGUAUACAAGCUAGUACCUGGAUGCUAUCAAAAUGAGAUGCGUUGUCGUCGUGAGUUUUACGAGAAGCACCCAGAGGCCCCAAUCGCGUCAAUGUCCCCGGAGGCUCGAGGCGAGCCAAUCGAGUCGCACAUCUACUCCCCCGACGAGUCCCUCUCCCUCUCCCUCGAGUACUACAACCCCUCCCUGAACGACAGUCCCAUUCCCUCCGAGACCGACGAGGAGAAGUCCUCCUCGUCCUCCUCCAAGUCCCAGCCCCGUCGUUACCUCCGUUGUCCAGCAGCAGUCACUGUAUUUCACCUGCAGAAAUUAAUCCGCGCCAAAUAUGGUCUCAGCGAUGUCCACCGAGUCGACAUAAUGUACAAGGAGGAGCCCCUCUACGGCAACUACACCCUGAUGGACGUCAUGUACAUCUACCACUGGCGAAGGAAGGUGCCCCUCCACCUGAGCUACAGGAUCUUCGAGUCCUCCCCGAAGAGGCUCAAGCUCUCAGAGGACAACGACCACUUCAAAGCGUCACUGUCCACCGCUGGUAUCACCCCCUCAAAUCCCCCCGAGGAGUCCCCAGUUAAACGAGAAUGGAAAGAAGUCCAACUGAAGAUAUCAGAGACCGGUGUUAUGUCUGUCAUAACAUCCCCAGACUCGAAGAAACCUCAGAAGAAAGAGACAAUCGAAGAGGACCAACGAAGACUUGACGAGUCAGUAGCCAGUGUCGUUAAACCCAAGAGAAAAACAGAAGAUCCUAAAGAGCCAGAUAAACCAGAUAAACAGGAUAAACCAGAUAAGCAAGAUAAACCAGACAAACAAAAGAAAUCAUCUGAUAAAGAAGAGGACAACAACAACAAGGAGAAGACCCCAUCGUCAUCAGUCCCAGAAUCAUCGUCAGCAUCGAAACCCCCAGAGAUCCCAUCAAAACCGAAAGCCGAUCAAAAGCCCACGAAUGCAGGAUCAAAUUCACAGACAAGUGGCUCGAAAAUCGAAUCCCUAAGUGCUAAACUACAAUUUCAACCCAAAGUUGGGCCCAUCAAUCACACGUACUCGAAGAAAUCGCAGAAGGAGAAGAAGUCGGUGCUGGAGAAGGUGCUGAAGAAGGAAGUGAAGAGUGAUAAGGAGCAGAAGAAGUCGCAGGCACCACCGCCUGCCACCCCAAAAUCCUCAUCAUCAUCGUCAUCGUCGUCGUCGUCUCCAUCGUCGAAGGCAUCGACGACAUCGACGCACGUCAGCAUGAGCACCUUCGGUGGCUGCACCUACUCGACAGCUCCCUCCUUAUCGAUCUCCUUAACCUCUCGAAGGAACUCCUCCCCAGAGCGAACUAAAGACGACAAUCAGAAGUCAAAUAAUCAGAACUCAGAGCCCCUCAAUGUCCCUGUGAUCCCCCAGUCGACGUUUCCCUUUUACAUGCAGAACUUUGUUGAUGGGAACUUGAAGAGCCCCUCCAAGUCAUCGUCAUCCUCUCCAAAGUGUCCAGUCACCCAGCCCUACAGCCUCCAAACCCCCUCAAUCAGCAUGUACUCCAUCCCUACCUCAUCAGCAAAGCACCAAAACACGUCUACCCCAACGACCUCAUCGUCUCGAGCGAACUCAAAGGGUCUCGAGAUCACCUCUGUCUACUCCUCAGUCCCCCCAUGCCCCGACGCAAUUCCCAUAUCCCUGAUGCACUCGUCAAAACCAACAAUCAGAAAAACCGAGAUCCUGGCGAAGGGGACGAAUGUCAACGAGAUCUGCGCUAAGAUAAGCGAAAACUCCCGCGAGAAGGACAAGAACAAAACCGAGACAAGAGCGAGAUCAGAGAUCCCAGAUCUACUGAAAAUUCCCAUCAAGUCAUCCUCAGAGGUCUCUAAACACGGAGCAAUCCCCAAUGUCCCCAGCUACACUCCCAGCAACUCCUUGACAAUAUCUCCAUCUGACUCCAAAGGAUCAUCAUCGAAGUCUAUUCCAAAUCUAUCACCAUCAUCACCUCUUCUUCUCCACUCGUCGCCGAAGGUGUCGAAUCCCACGAAAAAACAAUCAACUGGAUUUAAGACUCUUCGUGACCCACCGAGACCCUGGAACCCCUCCCUCAGUAGAAAUAACUACGUUGCUGCCAAGAAUCAGGCCAAAGAGCUUGCCUCUGAGCAGUCGAAUCCCUCGAGUCCCUCCGGCAAAUCAGUACCCUCUAAAUCAAGAUCAAUAUUCAAGCACAGAAACAAUCUCCCCAGGUACCUGGGUAAUCCAGCCUCCGGGGUUAAACCCCUCUACGGUGUUAACAAUGACCCCAAGGAGAAAGAGUCAACAUCAAAAUCACCGAGUCUCAUAACAAAAAUUGAGCCAAAAACCCUGUCACCCAUAUCCACCACAAAUUCACCGAUAGUCUCGCCACCUCCUUAUUCUCCAAACGCCAGGAACUACAACGCCCCCUUUACGAGGGAGAUUGGGAGGACUUCCGGCUCUUUGUCCCCCAGGAACUCACCGGUCAACAUGUUGACGAAUCCGUUUAUACCGAAUGCAACACCGAAUACGAAUCCCAGGAUUUUUCCCCAGGGAUUUCUGCCACCAUUCAGCGAUGGGAGUAGAUUUGGGGGGCCACUGAUGAGGUCACCCAUGGGCAUCAGCUCGGCUUAUCACAAUUUACCAGCUUCGAUCAACAGGUGCAUACCUAGGAGCUACUCGGCACUGAGUUAUCAGGGGCUUCAGGCACCUGCGGUACAGAGAAUUCCGCCGAGCUCUCACUCGAGUCCAAAGAGUCCGAAAAUUUCGGGAGGGCAUAUCGGUAAGGAUGAGGAGGGAAAGGGAGGGGAGGGAAAUGCUUUUAAUCUGAGUAAAUCAGGUGCGGGAGGGACUUCGGGUACGGCUGGAGUGAGUGAUCUAUCGAAGCAUAAUGAGGAGAAGGUAGUGGGAAAGGAGAGGGAGAGGAGAAAGAGUGGCGAGAAGGGGGAUGAGGAGAAGGGUGAGGGGGACAUGAAAAAAGACCUGAGAAAGGAGUUGAAGAGGGACCUGAAGGGGGAGGAGGAGCAGUCGUCCUCGAAAUCAAGGGAGGACGUUAAGGAGAAGGAUGGAAAGGAGGAGGAGAGGGUGAGUAAGGAGGCGGGCUCGGUGAAUUCUUCAGGUGGACCUGAAAAUAAGCUCAAUGGGGUUAAUAAUCCGGAGGCAUCGGGCUCGUCAGCAACAGGCGACAAGGGUGAGGAGGGUGAUAAGGAGGUUAGGGUCAAGGAGAGUAAAGUUAGUGAGGUGAAGGAGAAGGAGAAGGAGGAGGUCAUUCUCAAGGAGAGCAAGUGUGAGGAGUUGAGUAAGGAGAUUAAGGCGCAGGAGCAGAGGAGUAAACCUGAGUCUUAAAGGGUGAGGGUGUAUCAUAGUGUACAUAGUGAUACCAAAAUUCAGUUCUUUGUUGGGUUUUGAAAGUUUUUUUUUUAUCUUUGGGGGGUAGAGGAUUAUCCUGUGAGGGUAAUUAUUAUAUUUUGAGAGGGGGAUGUUUUUUAGGUUUUAUGGAGGUUUUUAAAAGGUUUUA